GAUAUAUUUUACGACAGUCUUAUAAAAUGAAAACUUGACCGAAAAUACAAAAACCAAAAACUGGUUAAUGAGUAAUCCAAUACUAAAGCACAAGACUCGUCUUGUCUCGCACUGCACUAAUUUCCAAUUUUGAUUGUGUUCGAAUUCGGUAUUUUAGUUCACUCAAUCCCAUACCUACUUAGAUUUUAAAGUGGCGCGUAAAAAUUAGUUGAUCGCAUUCAGUCAACAUUAACGGUUGUGUGAAGUGCACUAACAGCUUUGAGAACUUUUUUAUUUUGUUUUUAAUAAAAUUUCAAUCCACAUAUACGAGUUGAAGCGCAAAGAGACUUAAGCUAAAAUUAAACGGAGAUCAUUAACUUGGAUUGAGGAAGAACAAAUUUUCUCCAGCUUUCGAAGAUUCAAUGACUCACCACAUGGAUUCGAGUAUAUCCAUAAAUAAGGAGCAAAUGGAUCCGUAUAUGAAGGCUACACACACCAAACGCUUUGUGGUGGAAGAUUCAAUAACCAAAGUCACAUCCGAUGGUGAGCCACACGAAAUGAUGACUAUGAUAGCCGGUCUCUCAGGCCUAUUCGCUGCCAUGGUAAUACUGGCGGUGCUCAUAUCUCUGGUUAGCUGCAAGAGCGGCAAAAAAGCGAAGCAUUGUAAAAACUGUCCGCGCAUUAACAAUGGCCAGGCGGCUGGCUUUGGCAAACGUCCUUGCAGUUUAGAUGAAAAUAGUACUCGCUCAUCUAUCUCUACCACAUAUACGAGGGCUGUGAGCCUGGAAGAAGGCACCGCAGUGCCAGCAACACCAGUAUACAAUCCGAGUGUUUCGGUCAUUUCUACGGGCAAUCUAUCGGGUAAUCUGAAUUCCGCAUUUAUGGCUAGCGAAGUGAAUUUGACGAACAGCCUAUCAAAGCCGAAGAAAAAGACACAUUGGAGUGAUGAGGUGGAUGCGCAAUUGCGGUCGAAGGAGACCGCUGUCGAUAUUGAACGAUUUUAAAGCAACAAAAUGGCGCUGAAGUCAUGAAAUCUUUGACGAGGAGAAGGGAAUUUAGAUGCGAGCAUGGAAAGCUUAGCAGCUCUUUGGCAGGAUAAUGCUCAAAGUUUGGUAGCCAGCUUAGUUGUUGGAUAUGUGAAGACUGAUUGGGAGAGCUUUUUUUCGCUAGAAGCUGCUUUCGUUCGUUUUGUUAUUGUUUUUUUAUAAUUAAUAAGAAUCUAUGAGAAAUAAUAAUAAUUAAAUACAAUACAUA